GAGAUGGGGAUGCUGCAUGCAGGUCCCUCCAGCUACUACUGCUGCUUUGUGGCUGACACUGACGAACCGUGAAUGCAUGGCUGUUCGGCUGAUACUGACACAACAUCGAUGCUAACAUGGCUUCCGCAAAACACCGUCUGCAAGCCCUGAGCCAGCAGCUCGUCGAGGGCAUCCCCGACGCAGGGACGUUCGAGGACAUCCCUCGCAUUCGCCAGGUGGCUUCUGAUUCUGCGGGACCACGCGUCAAGGACAAGGUCGUUAUCGUAACGGGUGAGACAUGCAGACAUCCAGGGGGUGAAAUGGACUAGAAACGGGGGCGACAUAAUUAGAUCAGAUAUUAACGUGCAUGAAUAUCCUCAAUCAAGGAACCAAUUCCCCCACCGGCAUCGGCCGUGCAGCUGCACACCAAUUCGCCCGUAAUGGCUCAAAAGCCGUCUACCUCUGCGACUACGACGAUAGCCAUCUCGCCACACACAAACGUGAGAUCGAGUCGCUCUACCCCGGUGUCGACGUGCAUGUUCGAUGCUUCGACGCGGCGGACAACGCGGCCGUCAAGGCCGUCGUGGACGAUGCCAUCCGCACGUAUAAACGGCUGGAUAUCUUCUUCGCCAACGCGGGCAUCGUGGGACAGCCGGUGCGGUUUACAGAUUGUGACGAGGAUGAUUUUAUGGGGGUAUUGAAGACGAAUGUGCUUAGCCCCUUCCUAGCCAUUAAAUACGCUUCCGAAGCCAUGAAACUCACAUCCCCCUCCAAACCAUACACCAAUGGCUCCAUCAUCUGCACGGCAUCUGUGGCCGGCCUCCGCUCCAACGCCGGUUCCACGGCCUACUCCGCCUCCAAGGCAGCCGUCAUCUCCCUCGCCCAGACGACGGCGUACCAGCUUAUUGGGACGGGCAUCCGCGUGAACGCCAUCUGUCCGGGUCUGAUUGAGACGGGCAUGACGCAGGUUGUGUUCGACAUGGCGCGGGCUCGCGGCACGGAACGGAAGAUCGGGCAGUUAAAUCCCUUGCAGCGGGCUGCGGUUGCGGACGAGGUGGCUCGGGUGGCUCUGUUCCUGGGUAGUGAUGAAAGUAGCUAUGUCAAUGGGCAGGCUUGGGCUGUCUGUGGUGGGCUGAGUGCCGGUCACCCGUGGGUGCCGGGGAAAUUGGCUUGAUCUAAGAACUUCUGGGUAGAAUUUGUAAAGAUAUAUUUGUCUUAUACUGUCUAAUCAAUCACUUUUCAGAAGAGAAU